AUGGGGAACCGGAUCAUCCGGGUCAUCCGGGUGGAGAACCGGAUCAACCGGACCAUCCGGUUGGGGUACCGGGUGGGGAACCGGACCAACCGGACAGGGAACCGGACGGGAAGCCGGAUCAUCCGGGUCAUCCGUAUGGGGAAUUGGAUCGACCGGGUGAUCCGGGUGGGGAACCGGAUCAGCCGGGCAAGCCCGAUGGGGAACCGGGUGGGGAAACGGACCAGCCGGGUAGGGUACCGGGCGGGGAACCGGACCAUCCGGGUCAUCCGGGUGGGGAUCCGGAUCGACCGGGUCAUCCGGGUGGGGAACCGGACCAACCGGACCAUCCGGGUGGGGAACCGGGUCGGGAACCGGAUCAACCCGACCAUCCGGUUGGGGAACCGGACCAAUCGGACCGUCCGGGUGGGGAGCCGAAUCGACCGGGUGGGAAAUCGGACCAACCGGGUGGGGAACCGGACCAACCGGACCAUCCGGGUGGGGAACCGGGUCGGGAACCGGAUCAACCCGACCAUCCGGUUGGGGAACCGGACCAAUCGGACCGUCCGGGUGGGGAGCCGAAUCGACCGGGUGGGAAAUCGGACCAACCGGGUGGGGAACCGGACCAACCGGACCAUCCGGGUGGGGAACCGGGUCGGGAACCGGAUCAACCCGACCAUCCGGUUGGGGAACCGGACCAAUCGGACCGUCCGGGUGGGGAGCCGAAUCGACCGGGUGGGAAAUCGGACCAACCGGGUGGGGAACCGGACCAACCGGACCAUCCGGGUGGGGAACCGGGUCGGGAACCGGAUCAACCCGACCAUCCGGUUGGGGAACCGGACCAAUCGGACCGUCCGGGUGGGGAGCCGAAUCGACCGGGUGGGAAAUCGGACCAACCGGGUGGGGAACCGGACCAACCGGACCAUCCGGGUGGGGAACCGGGUCGGGAACCGGAUCAACCCGACCAUCCGGUUGGGGAACCGGACCAAUCGGACCGUCCGGGUGGGGAGCCGAAUCGACCGGGUGGGAAAUCGGACCAACCGGGUGGGGAACCGGACCAACCGGACCAUCCGGGUGGGGAACCGGGUCGGGAACCGGAUCAACCCGACCAUCCGGUUGGGGAACCGGACCAAUCGGACCGUCCGGGUGGGGAGCCGAAUCGACCGGGUGGGAAAUCGGACCAACCGGGUGGGGAACCCGGUGCGGUUCCGGGUCGGGAGCCGGGUCAACCGGACCAUCCGGACGGGGAACCGGAUGAUCCGGGUGGUCCGGGUGGGGAAGCGGACCAACCGGACCAACCGGGUGCGGUACCGGGUGGGAAACCGGACCAAACGGGUAGUGAUCCGGACGGGGAACCGGAUCACCCGGGUCGGGAACCGGAUCGACCGGGUCUGGGGUGGGGAACCGGACCAUCCGGGUGGGGAACCGGGUGGGGUACCGGGUCGGGGAACCGGAUCAACCGGACCAUCCGGACGGGGAACCGGAUCAUCCGGGUGGUCCGGGUGGGGUGCCAAAUCGACCGUGCGGGGAGUCGGACCAGCCGGACCAUCCGGGUGGGGUACCGGGUCGGGAACCGGAUCAACCGGACCAUCCGGAUGGGGAACCGGAUCAUCCGGGGAGGGAACCGGAUCGACCGGGUCUAGGGUGGGGAACCGGACCAUCCGGGUCGGUCGGGUCGGAACCCGGAUCCGGAACCGGGUGUUGAACCGUAUCAACCGGAUGGGAGCCGGAUGGACCCAAUCGGACGGACAAGCCGGACCGAAAACGGGUGGGGAACCGGAUCGGAACCGGGUGGAGAGCCGAAUGGGCCGGUUCGGUCGGAUCAACCGGGCCGGAAACGGGUGGGUAACCGGAUCAACCGCCCCAGCCGGCCGGGUCAACCGGACGGGGAACCGGAUGGACCGGACCAGCCGGAUCAUCCGGGUUGGAGCCGGGCGGGGAACAGGAUCAACCGGUUGA